UAAAAACUAUGCUUGUGUAAUGUAGAAGUAGAGGUGUGCAUAGUGUAUUGCCAGCAGAAUGCGUUUGAGGCAGCAGCGUGCGAUCUACAGGAUGAUUGACAGUUGCCUGUGCUGAGUCACACAGCAGAAUGUCCGGUGUGCCCUGCGGGGCCUUGCAACACCAUACUGUGCCCAAAGCCUGUGCCAUCAUCUGUUCCUGGCUGCUGAUCAUGGUCCACACAGGCUUUUGCCAGAAACCUGCUAAGCUGCCUCUGGUGAGCCGUAAGCCUUUCCUGGCAGCCUGGAAUGCUCCACUGGACAUGUGUACCUUAAAGUACAAUAUCAAUGUCAGUCUUGAUCUUUUCCACAUCAGUGGCAGUCCACGAGCAGUCCACACGGGCCAAAAUGUCACCAUCUUCUAUGCUAACCGCCUGGGCUACUACCCUUUCUACAAUGAGCAAGGAGCUCCCAUCAAUGGAGGCCUACCUCAGAACUCUAGCCUUGAAGCACAUCUUCGCAAAGCCAGAAAAGACAUAGCACACUUCAUACCUUCGGAAGACUUCCGUGGCUUGGCUGUAAUCGAUUGGGAGUUCUGGAGACCGCAAUGGAGUCGGAACUGGCACAAGAAAGAAAUUUACAAACAGAAUUCACGCGAUCUGAUCUCACAGGCGUAUGUUAAUGUGACCAAAGAGCAGGUGGAUGAGUUGGCACGUUUGCGAUUCGAGAAGACCGCCAUGGAGUUUAUGCAGGGCACUCUACAGAUUGGAACUCAAACUCGCCCACAUGGUCUCUGGGGAUUCUACCUGUACCCUGACUGUCAUAAUUAUAAUGUACAUGCACACAACUACAGUGGCACAUGCCCACUACUGGAGACCCUUCGGAAUGAUGAGCUGUUUUGGUUGUGGAACAGCAGCACUGCCCUUUUCCCAGCCCUGGCAAUACGCAAGGACCACGCGGACAGCAUUCGCAAUCUGCACUUUUCGAAGAAUCGGGUACUGGAGUCGCUUAGACUGGCCUCCCUUACCUCGCUGCCCUAUGAGCUGCCUACAUACGUUUACACACGACUGGGCUAUAGGGAUGAGGCAAUGGCAUUUCUGACUCAGAAGGACUUGAUACACACAAUAGGAGAAAGUGCUGCUUUGGGAGCUGCAGGAUUUGUAAUAUGGGGAGAUCUUAACCUCACUUCUUCAAGGCACAACUGUUCCAAAGUGAGGGCAUUUCUAAACCAUAGACUGGGUCAGUACAUCACUAACGUUACCCGGGCAGCAGAAGUCUGUAGCGAAUUCCUAUGUCAGUCAAACGGACGCUGCGUCCGCCGAGACCCAGAGGCACCCCACUAUCUGCACCUGAGCCGCGCCAGCUACCGCAUCCUGAACAACCGCAACGGCACCUUCACUGUGACUGGCUGGCACUCCCAGCGCGAGUUGCAGCUGCUGGCCGAGAGGUUCCGCUGUCAUUGUUACCUGGGUUACGAGGGGGAUCGCUGCAAAAGCAUAGAGCCAAUAAAGAAAGAGGAGGACGAGAAAAAGGAGGAUCAACAUAAAGAGACAAGGGAUACUGCUGUGCCUUUACAAAAUGCCUUCGUUCUGACCGCUCUGCUUCUCUUGUUGAACUUCAGUGGCAUUUAAAGAGAUUGUUCACUCAAAAAUGAAAACUGUAAUUAUUUACUCACCCUCAUGUCAAUCUUCAAAAAUUUCUACUAAUGUAUUCCACUGAAAAAAUAACAAGGGUAAGUAAAUAAUUAUGCUUUUUUUUGUGUGUGAAAUAUACCGUAAUGUAAAUGUGGCCACAAAGCCACACAUCAUAACUCAGUUGGGUUUCAAUUUCAGUGAUUUUGCAUUAUUGAAGAUUAUUGUUACAAUUAAUGAUGAUGUAUGGUUAUGAAGAUGCAAGCCUUGUUUGCACAAACUGGAGUCUGAAUAGAUUCAUAUGACUGUUCUGAAUCUUAUUUCUCUACCAUGAUCUAAUAUGAACUGAAUGCUGGAUUCUGUUAAUAUGUCAAUAUUUUUAAUAGGAACUGUUUCAGCUAUGCAUUUUUUUCCCCACAAAGCACUGACAUCAAGAUGCUUUCCUGCAACUUGCGACCCAAGAUUAUAAAAGCCUAUCCCUUUAAACAAUGCUUGCUGUCAGAGCACUUAAAGUCAGGGAGAAAACUACCUAAAACGGGGAACGUGAAGGUGUAUAAAAAAAAUGUCAUGUUUUAAAAUGUAAUCGAAUGCAUUUAAAAAUAGCAAAAUAUGAUACUUCAAAAUAUCAACAGACAAAACAGCCAAAUUUAAACUUAAAAAACUAAAUUACAGAUCAUGUGACAUCCUUUUGCAUCCAGAAGAGGAUUAUACAUUUAAGAUAUAAUCUUGGGAUUAUCAUUAUUUGAGUUAAAUGGUACAAGUGAAAUAUAUUAAACCUAUAGCCCACAGUCUUUAAUAAUAACAAUAAUCAUAUAAGAUAAAGAUAUAAAAAAAUAUAUAUUGCAAGCCUCAAUUAUGAUAUACAUAUUUUAGAUGAAACAAAAGUAUGGGCACAGUCAAAAUACAGUUGAAUUCAGAAGUUUACAUACACCUUAGCCAAAUACAUUUCAUGUGCUUAUCGGCAGGCUUUCCUCGCUUUUCGAGACCUGGGAGGGAGGGUAGGGAAAAGAGAAGAGGGAAAGGGCAAGGCGGAGGGAUAGUGAGAGAGAGAAAAAAAUUGCUUGUCAGUUCCCAGACACGCCGUCGACCACUCCUUUACCUUCUAGCGGACGACAGCCACUCCUCCCCAGUCGGACAGGAGUGAGUCCUCUGACACCUGGCGGAUGGAACGCCCCUCCACAUUCUGGUGGCCGUUAGCGAGCCCCUCUGCCCCUGGCAGUGGCUCCACUGCUCCAGGUGUCUGGCAGCAAGCCCAUUCUUUCCUCAUGGAUGGCGGACGUUCAUCCGUCCAGGCAGCCGGCAGUGAUGAAUCUGUCCCCCAGCGGCUGCUCCUUUGGGCGGACGGCAGUGGCAAGGACUCCACAACAGCGCAUCCCUCCUCCUUCCCGGGUUUUGGUACCAAUGUAACAGGGUUUACAAUGGGCAAGGAGGAGUAGGGAACCCACUGAACAGUCAAAAAGUAAUAUUUAUUUAAACAAAAAGACACAAAUGUAAACACACGGCAGCUGCGUGUGGCUCUCUCUCCCAAACUGCUGCAUCCGGCUCGGCUUUAUCCCACUCCUCGGCUGAUUAGCCUGAUUGGGGGCCGGCCGUAUAGCAUUGCCUAUAAUUGUUUAACUUAGGUCAAAUGUUUUGGGAAGCCUACCACAAGCUUCUCACAAUAAGUUGCUGGAAUUUUGGGCCAUUCCUCCAGACAGAACUGGUGUAACUGAGUCAGAUUUCUAGGACUCCUUUCUCACACCCACUUUUUCAGUUCUGCCCACAAAUUUUAUAUCCGAUUGAGGUCAGGGCUAGCUCGAUGGCCACUCCAUUACCUUGACUUUGUUGUCCUUAAGCCAUUUUGCCACAACUUUGCAGGUAUCCUUGGGGUCUACAAUAAAGACCCAUUUGUGAUCGAGCUUUAACUUCCUGGCUGAUGUCUUGAGAUGUUGGCUAAAAAGUUACAUUUUUGUUUCAUCAGACCAGAGGAAAUUUCUCCAAAAAGUAAGAUAUUUGUCCCCAUGUGCUGCUUAAAGAGUUAACUUAGUGGAUGUAAACUUCUAAACCACUGGAAUGAUAAAGUUCAUUAGAAGUGCAACAAUCUCUCUUUAAAAAAGUUGUUGGAAAAAUGACAUGUUUCAUGCACAAAGUAGAUUUCCUAAACGACUUGCCAAAACUAUUGUUUGAAAACUGUAGUCUGGCUUUUUUAUGCCAGUUUUGGAGUAGUGGCAUCUUCCUUGCUGAGCAGCCUUUCAGGUUGUGUUGAUAUAGGGCUCGUUUUACUGUGGAUAUAGAUACUUGUCUACCUAUUUCAUCCAGCAUCUUCAUAAGGUCCUUUGCUGUUGUUCUAGGAUUAAUUUGCACUUUUUGCACCAAACUACAUUUAUCAAUAGGAGACAGAAUGCGUCUCCUUCCUGAGUAGUAUGAUGGCGGCAUGGUGUUUAUACUUGUGUACUAUUGUUUGUACAGAUGAACAUGGUACCUUCAGGCAUUUGGAAAUUGAAAAGGAUGAACCAGACUUGUGGAGGCACACAAUUUUUUUGGCUGAUUUCUUUUGAUUUUCCCAUGAUGUCAAGCAAAGAGGCACUGAGUUUGACAGUAGGCCUUAAAAUACAUCCACAGGUACACCUCCAAUUGACUCCAAUUAGCCUAUCAGAAGCUAUUUUGCCUAAAGGCUUGACAUCAUUUUCUGGAAUGUUCAAGCUGCUUAAAGGCACAGUUAACCUUGAUGUAAACUUCUGACCCACUGGAUUUGUGAAAUAGUUAAUUAAAAGUGCAACAAUCUGCCUGUAAACAGUUGUUGGAAAAGUUACUCUUGUCAUGCACAAAGUAGAUGUCCUAAACGACUUGCCAAAUCUAUAGUUUGCUAAUAUGAAAUAUGAGGAAUGGUUAAAUGAGUUUUAAUGACUUCAACCUAAGUGUAUGUAAACUUCUGAAUUCAAUUGUACAAGCACAUUAGACUAUUAAUAUUGUUACACAGCGCUGGUUGUUGAAUUUUCUGUACUUUAAAGUUCCAAAUCCUGUUCGGGUGCCUAUAACUUGAAAGCUUUUCAAAUAGAUUACAAACACAGGCACAUUAACUAGAUGACAGGUAUGGUGAAAAAAAUUAUCAUUCUGUAUUAUUAAAUAUAUUUUACUAGUAGUCUACUGAACAAAAGAUAAAUCAAUGUACUGAUCAGAUUCCUAAGAGAGAAACCUCACAACCAGAGUUAAAGCUAAUUUACAGAAAUUACAAAAAUUAAAUGACAAUGUAAUUAUAAUAAUAAAAAAAAAAAAUCAAAAAUAGCUAUUCCUAAAAUGUUUGUUAUACCAAAGAUUAUGUAGAUUGCAUUUGUUUACUCAAUGCAGGAAAUGUAUGAUUGUACAUGUUAAACUGUGCAUCUGUCUUUUUUGAUCAUCUUUAUGAAACAAGUCAGAACCAUUGAUAUUGGAAGGCAACAAAGGAAAAUCUUUCAAUACUUUAUCUUUGAGUAAAACCUGCAAUCUACCGAUUGUCAUAUAAGUCCAGUUUCAGGUUGAAGGACAGUUGGACUAUAAUGUAUUUUCUUGAAUAUUAUUUCCUACUUUUGACUCAAUGACACAUAUGUGCUGUUUUGUAACAUAUUGCAUUUUGAGCAUUUAGACAAUAUGGGACAAUAUUAUCAGAGCCUUCAUUGUCUGUCAGUGUUUUUAUUACCUCAGUGCUAAACGUUGCCAGUCUCCAAAUAUAUUUCCACAAACAUGUUUUGUAUUCAUCUCAAAAUGUCUUUUAUGAAAUGUGUAAUUAAAUACUUGAUGUUUUUUUUUAUUUUUAUUUUUUACAUUCAGCAAUACUACCAAAUACUCAAUAAAGACAAUGCGUUGUUCAACAAAUGUUGCUUGACUCUUGAUGCACUGCAAAUAAAGGAUUGCAACCUGUACUUGAUUUAGUUUUUUUAAGAAUUUCUUUGACAUAUACACUUAUCAGCCACAACAUUAAAACCACCUGCCUAAUAUUGUGUAGGUCACCCUCGUGCUGCCAAAACAGCACCAACCCGCAUCUCAGAAUAGCAUUUGCUAAUCUUCUCACCACAAUUGUUCAGUGUGGUUAUCCGAGUUACCAUAGACAUUGUCA